AUGUUUAAGGGUUUAAGAACGCAGAGAACCAAAGAGAAGUUCGAGUUUCGGUUCCGCUUCCAUGCCACCAGGGUGCCUCUCACGGGGUUCGAGCAGCUGGUUGUGUCGCUCGUUCCCACCGACACCAACCGCUCCGACGUGCGCACGGACUCUGCUACCGUGCGUAACGGAAUCUGUCGAUGGACGGAAACGGUGACGGAAGUCGUCAAGUUCACGCGCAAUCCCAAAACGAGGACGUUCGAGGCCAAGGCGUACCGGUUCGCGGUGUCCUCGCUGGAUUUAAGAAGCUUGCACUUUCUCCUCCUUGCUCUCUUGUCGCUACCGCCCCAUCUUCGUUACACGUCGGAACCCACGGCGACCUGCUUCCCCAUGGAUCCCAGAGACGGCGACGACUCCGCCGACAGCGUCGCCGACACCCAUGCGACGCCUGCGACAGCGUCGUCAGCGGCCGCUGGCGCCACCGCAGCAGGGGGAGUAGGGGGGGAGGGGAGGAAGAAGCGCUCGGGGGAGAAAGAAGGCAGCGCGCCGGUUGCUUCUUCCGCCAGUGCCGCUGCGGCCGCGACUAGCGCAAACGCUACUGGCGGAAGCGGCGGGGGGAGAGGCGGAACGGAGAAGGGGACAAGCGGUGAAGCCCCCACAGCAGUUAUUAAGCCCGGUGCGGAAGAUGCUGCGGCAGUCGCGGUAGGAAGGGAUGGCGCUGUGUCAGGGGUGGCGGUGGCGCCCGCGAUUGGCGGCGGAGGAGGAGCAGAUGGUAGUGGCGGCGUGGUGAUGCUGAGAAGCACGCCGCCGCCGUCGCCUCGGCAGCCGCAAUCGCAGCCGCACGGGGAGCAACGCAGGGAGGACAGCGGGGAGAAGCGGAGGGAGCUGCUGGGGUGGGGCAGGGAGAGGAGCCAGGAGCAUAAGCGCGCGGGGCAGGAGCAGACGAGCAAGGAGCACGCGAAGCAACAGCAACAGGAGCAGCAGGGGCAGCAGCAGCAGCAGCAGCGAGGGGAUGGUAAUCACAGCGGCGGCAGCAAGGCGCCGUCGAGCUUCAUGUAUCGCUUUGGCAACGCGGCGGGCGCGAGAGUGAGUGACCGCCUGUCCCAAUCCCCGCGGGAGCUGGCACCGGCGGCAGCAGCGGUAGCAGCAGCAGGAAGCGAGCGGGCAGGGCUAGCGUCAGUGCUGCCGGCGGCAGGGGAAUUUGAGGAGGAUCAGGCGAAUGUGACGUGCACCACGGGCGGCGGGGGCUCAGGCCCCACGUCCAUGCUCAUGGCCGCUAUGCUCUUCCGCCGCUCCUCCUCCUCCGCCUCCGCCACUCACGCCCACCACGGCCUCGCCGGCGGCGCCGGGUCGUUGUCAGGCCGGCGUGCUGCCGUGUCGCCUGGAAGGUCCCGUGGCCUUGCGUCCCCCGCCGCUCAUGCCGGAGGAGCGGCUGGAGCGGCAGGAGUGGUUGGAGGGGCAGGAGGGGGAGGAGCGGCAGGAGGGGCAGGAGGGGGAGGUGGUGCUGCGGCGGCGGCGGCGCUGCUGACGUACUCGGGGGAGAUUCUGCGGCAGGAGGAGGCGUUCCGGAAGCAGGGCGCGCAGGACUGGCGCAGAGACGUGGCGAGCGGACCCAUGGAGGUGGGCGGAGGUGGGCGGUUCAUUCCCGGCGCGGGGUGGCUGUGGCCUAAAACAGGCGGCGAUGGCAAGGACAAGCACAGGGAGCCGCAGGUGCCCCCACUGUCGCAGCAGCAGCAGCCGCCUCCCUUCCAGCAGCAGCAGCAGGUGCAGGUGCAGGUGCAGGAGAAGGAACGGAGUGGGCAAGGUGGGCAGGAGAAGGAGCGGCCGCAUGCUAUCACGGAGCCACAGGCACGCGUGUGCGUGGGGACAGGCGCAGGUGGGGAGGGAGGACAGGGGGAACCGAUGACUGCAUCUGCAGGCUCUGUUGUUGUUGGCGCUGCUGGUGAUGGUGGUGCCGCAGCUGCUGGUGCUGCCGUUUCCAAUGAUUUGUCCUCUGGGAAACAGCAGCAGGUGCAGCAGCAGCAGCAAGCGAGCGCCCUUCUGCCUCGGUCUGCGAGCCUGUCCAGUGUGUCGACUGCUGCAAGCAGCACAGGCGGGGGCAACGGCAGCAGCAGCAGCAGCAGCAGCAGCGGCAGAGAGAAGAGGAGGAGCAGCAGCAGAUCAAAACAGAGAGCAGGAAGCAGCGGAGUGGAGUCAAAAGGAAGUGAGAAAGCAGUGGCGGCGGUGGUGAUACCUGCACCUCCUGACGUCCCCCCUCCGCUGAUCCCGUCUCCACUGCCCGUCAACAGAGCCUCUCCUCCUACACCACCACCAGCUGCUGCUGCUGCAGCUGAGAAGUCUCAACCCCUUGCACCUGCACCUGCUGCGGAUGCUCCUUGUGUUGCUGCUGCCGCUGGUGCUGCUGCAAGCAGGGGAAAGGAGGAAGCGUCUGGUCUGCCGAGCCUGCUGCAGCCGUCUAGUGGCGACGUGGACACGCAGUACCACGUGGGCCCGCCACUGCCGCUGCCGCCAGCAGCGGACGCAGGGAAGGCCGCAGGCGCAGGCGCUGGCGCUGAUGCGGCGCAGGGACCCGGUGGGUUCGGCGGAGGGGAGGCUGGAGGGGCGGCUGGAGGGGGCAUGGGAGGGGUAGUAGGAAGCGGGGGAGAGGGCGGGGGAGAGAACGGCGGGGAGGGAGUGGGGGAGGGCGUGUGGCGGACGGGUUGGAGUGCGGGGAAGGCAGGGCAGAGGCCGGGCGCAUGGCAGGUGGCGGAACAGCAGGGGGGCGGCGGAGUGGCAGGGGAGAUGAAGCAGGUGGGGGCACAGGAGGCAGGGGAGCGGGAGGAACGGAACGAAAAGGCAGACGCUGCUGCUGCUGCUGCUGCUGCUGCUGCCGCUGGUGACGCUGCUGCUGCUUACUCUGCGGAAGGUUACAUGUCUGAGGUCCCCGGAUAUCCCUAUCCCCACCCUGGCAUGGGGCAGUUUGGCGCGUUCGCAGAGGCUGACGGCUUUCCUGGUGGUCCCGGCGCGUUCCCCGCGGGGCACCCGCCAGGCGCAGCGGGGGAUGCGCUGGGCGGACUCGCGGGUGGCGACGCGGAGUCGGACCUGGCGGCUGCGGAAGCCGCCAUCGAGGAGCUGCAGCGCGACUGCACGCACUACCAGCACGCGGUGCGCAACCUGAUGCGCGAGGUGGAGGUGCUGCGCGCGCAGCUGGCGGAGACGAUGACGCAGGACCGCGCGGUGGAGGUCGCGAUGGAGGCGCUGCGCGAGGAGCGCGACAAGCUCGUCGCGGAGGUGAAGCUGCUGCGCCAGCUGGUCGUCGCGGGGGGCGCGGGGGAGAACGGGUGCCUGGGGAUGGCCCCGCUCGACGGCCCCGCGGGAGGGGGAGGCGGAGGCGCGUUCGGAAGAGGCGCGGCGGGGUUGGGCGGCGGGAUGGUCGGGGGGCCCGGGGGACUGGGCGUGGUGGCGGCUGCUGCGGCGGGUGUGGUGGGCGUGGACGGGCGAGAGGCGCUUGCGUGCGUUCUAAGCGACCUGGCGUAUCACAAGGGGCUGACGGAGAGCCUGGAGGCGCAGGUGGAGGAGCUGUCGGGCGCGAACGAGGACUUGCUGCGCGCGCUGCAGCAGGCGGAGGGGGACGUGGGGAAGUACCGGCGGGACGCGGAGGAGCUGUUCGAGGUGAGCGAGCAGCGCGACCGGGAGCUGAAACGGCUGAUGCGGGAGAUGGAGCAGGGGCGGAGGGAGGGCGCGGCAGGGAGUGAUUGUGGGGCUGCCGGUGGGGCGAAAAGUGAGAAGGAAGUAGGUGGUGGAGAAGGAGGGUCAACGGCUGGUGAAACGGGAGGGAGUGGAGGAGGAGGGGGAGGAGAUGCGGGAGGAGGAGCAGCAGGGGCGGCGGCACUAGAAGGGGAGGUGAGGGCGCUCCAGGCGAAGCUAGCAGAGGUGGAGAGGGAGGCGCAGGAGCUGACAGCAGAGAGCCUGGAGCUGGCAGCCACGCUCACGCAGGCACAGCGAGAGGGCGAGGCUAAGGACGCUCGAAUGCGCCUGCUGGAAGCCAAGCUGGCGGCUCUUAGGGGAGAAAUGGCUGGGAGUGAUGCUGCUGAGGCGAUUGCCGCUGCUGAGGCUUCUGCUGCUGCUGCUGCGGCCGCGGCGGCUGAGGCUGAGGCUGCUGCUGCUGGGGUGAAGCGGAGGGAGGGCGGGAAGGAGGGAGAAGGGGAGGGUGUUGAGGGUGGGGUGGAGGGGGCGAAGGAGAGGAUUGAGGAGCUGGAGAGGGAGGUGGAGAGGUUGAAGGGGGAGUUGGAGGCGGCGGAGGAGGAAGGGAAGAGGGUGAAGGGGAGCCUGAGGAGGGCGGAGGAGGCGAUUGCGGAGGCUGCGCGCGCGGGGAUACUGGGUGGGGACCUGCAGGCGCGCAAUGCGCGGGUGAGGGAGCUGGAGGAGGAGGCGGAGGAGCUAAGGCGCGCAGCAGCCAUGGCUGCUGCUGCAGCGGCCGCAGCGGCGGCUGCUGCGGAAGGGGCUGCUGUGUCGGCAGCGGUGGGAGGUAAUGGUGAUAGCGAGGGGCGGGGAGGAGGUGGAGAGGGGGGAGGGGCGGGAGGUGGGCUGGGAAAGAGGCAGCAGGAGGAGGUGGAUUUGCUGCUGGCUGGAGUGCGCAAGGAGCUGGAGCAGCUGACGGUUGAAAAGGCAGAGGUGGAGAGGCAGCUAGCGAUGAGUGUGCGGCAGGUGAACGCGUGGCAGAGGCGGUGCGAGGAAGGCGAGGAGAGGAGGAGCGAGGUGGAGGAGAGGCUGAGGGAAGCUGUGGGGAGGAGGGAGAGGAGUGAGGAGAUGGUGGUGAAGUUGAGUGAGAGAGUGAGGGAGUUGGAAGAGAAGGUGGAGCAGGUGGAGACGGCGAGAGGGGCAGCAGAGGCUGCUGCUGCUGCGGCGUCGGUGGCGGCUGCAGUGGCUGCAGAGGAGGCGGCUGCGGCGGAGGAGAAGAGGCUGGAGGCUGUCGCUGCUGCUGCUGCUUGUGCGUCGGCUAAUGUUGCUGCUGCUGCUGCUGCUUCCGCGCCUGCGCUGCCGUCGCCACGAGGGGGCCGGGGAGGAGGGGCCGGGCGGGGACGGGGAGGAGGAGGUGGUGGGGGAGGAGGAGGAGGGAGGGGUGCUGGUUCUCAUACCGGCGGUGGUGGUGGCGGCGGCGUCGCUGGUGGGAGACGGGCGGCGGAUUUCCGAGUGGAGGAGCUGGAGAUGCAGCUGUCAUCGCUGCGGGAGCUGCUGCAGGAGGCAACGAGCGUGAAGGUGAGAGCGGCGAGGGAGGCCGCGGCACGCGCUAAGGAGGUGGAGCAGCUGACGACCGAGGUGGUGGUGCUGCGGCAGCGAGCAGAGCGCGCCGAGCGGGAGCUUAAAGGCCUGGAGGAGGAGAAGGCGGGGCGCGAGGCGAAGAUAUCGGAGCUUGGACGGGAGGUUAUGGAGGCGAGGCUGAGAGUGAAGGGCGCGGAGGAGGAGGUGGGAAGGGCACGGGUGAUUGUGGGGGAGGCGGAGGGGAGAGUGGCGGAGGCAGAGGGGCGGUGUGCUGAGGCGGAGAAGGAGGCGCGGGAAGAGAGGGCUGCGACGGAGGCUGUGGUGGGGCGGGUGGCGCAUUUGGAGGUGGUGAUGGGGCGCAUGGAGGAGGAGAGGGCUAAGGCUGUGGGUGAGAUGGUGCAGGCGGUGAGAGAGAGGGAGGAGAUGGAGGGUAGGGUGAGGGAGAUGGAGGGGAGAGUGAGGGAGAUGGAAGGGAAAGUGAAGGAGAUGGAGGGGAAAGUGAAGGAGAUGGAGGAGCAAGUGAGAGAAAUGGAGGAGACAGUGAGUGUGAAGGAAGGGAGAGUGAGGGAGAUGCAGGGGAAAGUGAGGGAGAUGGAGGAGAUGGUGAGGGUGAAGGAAGAGACAGUGAGGGAGUUGGAGGGGAAGGUGAAGAGGUUGAGGGAGGAGAGUGAUGAGAGGGAGCGGAGAGUGGCGGGGUUGCAAGAGGAGGUGGGGAGGAAGGAGAAAGCAGUGGAGGAGACAGAGAAGAGAGUGAGGGAGGCGGCAGAGAGAGCGAGAGAGGCGGAGGAAAAAGGGGAGGAGCGAGCAGCAGCAUUGGAAGGGCUGGUGAGGGAGAAAGAGCAGAAAGUGCAGGAGACAGAAGAGAAAGUGGCAGUGCUGGAAGCAGAACUAGAAGAGGUGAAGGAAGAGGCGGACAGGGAGGUGGAGGAGAUGAAGGAGAUGGAAAGCCGGCUGUUUGAGCGGCUGGAGCUGCUGCUCUCGGAGAAAGAAGAGACACUGGCCCGGGCGGUGCGAGCGGAAGAGAUGCUGGAGAGCGAGAGAGCAGAGAAAGAGGCGACGGUGGUGCGGCUGCAGGCAGAUCUGCUGAUGCUGAAGGAGCAGCUGGAGGUGGUGGCGCCGGCGGCGCUGCAGCAGCAGGAGCAGGACGAGCAGCAGAAGGCGGACCAACUGCAGCGGCUGCUGGAGCUGCAGGAGAAGCUGAGGCAGGCGGAGGUGAAGGUCCAGCAUGCGGAGGCCGGGUGGGCGGCCGAGGCUAAGGAGCUAGGCGGGAAGAUUGCAGGGCUGCAGGCGGAGAGGAAUGCGUGGAAGGCCAAGGAGAUUGGGUUACUGGCGGAGCUGGAGGUGGCGAAGCAGGAGACGGUGCGCGUGCAGGCGCUGGUGCAGGAGGUGCGGCGGGUGAGCGGGGAGAAGGCGGAGGUGGAGGCGCAGAUGCGGCAGCUGCAGUGCGUGAUUGAAGGGCUGGAGCGGGCGAAGGUUGCUCUGGAAGCGGAGAGGUCGGCUGCGCAGGCGCAGGCGGCGCUGCUAGGAGGGAAAGUGAAGGAGUGCGAAGGGCUCAAGGUGGAGUUGGCGCAGGUGAAGGCGGAGAAGGCAGGGGUGGAGGAGAGGCGGCUGGCACUGGUGGCGAAGCUGGGGAGGAUAGAGGAAGGUAUGGAGCAGGUGCAGGAGCUGAGGGUGAGGAACGCGGUUCUGAAGGGCGAGGUGGAGGUGAUGAGCUCAAGAGUGGGGGAUAUGGAGAUGCUGAGAGCGGAGAAGGAGAGUUUGGAGAGGCAGGUGAGUGAACUGCAGGCGCUCAUGUCGAGACGGCAGGCGGUAAGGGAUGUGGCGGAGGAGAGGGAAGUGGCUGUGGGUGGCGGUAGCGGUGGCGGUGGUGGUGGUAAUGGUAGCAAUGGUGGUAGGGCUGUUGUUAAUGAGAAGGAGAGUGGGAUGGAGGGGUUGAAAGAGCAGGAGACUAGGCAGCCUGGGUUGACAGCGACGGGUGGUGGUGAGAAGGUGACGUGUGGGAGCGUGGAAGAAGAAGAGGUGGUGCAUGUCAGAGAGAGCAGAGAGAGCAAUGGUGAGGCUUCUGAGGAAGAUGGCGAGAGGAGUGGAAAGGCGGAACGAGGGAAGAGACGAGAGGAGGCUCCUGCAGAGGAGUUGAAGAGCAGAGUGGAGCGCGGAGAAGGUAGUAGUAUGGUGAGUGGUGGUGAUGCUGAUGGAAAGAAACAGCAAGGAGGGGAGGAGGGGGGAGAAGUGGGAACGCAAGGACUGUCAGAUGCAGGAGCAGCUGAUGGCAGUAGAUUGGGUGAGGACUCGGUUGAGCAGCAGCUGCAAGGGCAACAGCAGGAGACACCGCAGGAGCAGCAGCAUCAAGUGCAGCAAGUACAGGAGGACGGGGUUGCUGCUGCUGUAUUGGAGAACAAAGGUGAAGAGAAAGCAGGGACCGAGCAGGGGAGGCAAGAGGAGCAAGCGGUGGGUGAACCAGUGAUGGGGCAGUCAAAUGCCGAGGUUACCACGGAAGAAGGAAAAGCAUGUGAUGGUGGUGAGUCGGGGGCAGUCACAGCAGCACACGCGGGUGUUAGUGAGAGCACAGCAACCGCGGGUGAUGGUGGUGGUGGUGGUGAGGUGGGGGUGGUUGUGGCACCGGGCAAGGUGAUGGUGGAUGGGGUGGCUGUUGAUGCCAAGGCCGCUGAGAUGCGCAAGCGGAUUGCAGAGCUGGAAGGAGAGCUGCAUAAGGAGAGGCAGAGAGCCGUAGCCGCUGCUGUGAGCAGCAGCAAUAGCAACAGUGGUGAUGCUGUUGAUCCAGCAGGCGAAGGGGGAGCAGCAACCGCCAGUGGGCAGCCGCAACCUCAAGCUGCUGUUGAUGAGGAGACGGUAAAGAGUGGAAGCGCCAAGCCCGAAAGUAAAGCCUCAGCAGCAGGUGCUGCGGCAACUGUGGCUGCGGCGAGAGGUGGAGGUGGAGGUGGAGGUGGGGUCAGCAUGAGCAGGAGCUCCAGCACUGCUUCAAGCAACGGCAGCACCAGUAGUGCUGGGGUUGUUGCCACCCGGCGAAAGGUUGUGAGGGAUCCAUCAGACUCCCAUGGUCCAGGCCGAAAGGUGGUGAUUCGGAGGGUGGUGUCAUCCAGUGAUGCAUCAUCUGCUUCUGCCAAGGCAUCUGCUGGCAGCGCAGCAGAGCACAAGGAGUCCGGAGCAAGCAGUGUGACUGGAGCCACCAAGCCCAGAGGCCGUCUCGUUCAACAGUCUGUAUCGUCACCGGCUGACAACGGAGCAGAUCAGCCCACGACCACAAGCACACCGACAGGGAAGGUGGUCCGGGUGGAUUACGCGAUGGCGGAGAGUAAGCCGGCUCGGGCUAAGACCUCGGGCGCCGUAAACUCCGCUCCUGCGUCCGAGAGCGAUAGCAAGCAGCCAGUCACAUCGAGGCUCGGGCACCUGAAGCUCGGUUACCACUACUGCGUGACGCACGGCGGCACGCUUCUCCUGAUUCCGCUGCUCGCGUUCCUGGCAGUGCAGGCGAAGCGGCAUGUGACGCCGGACGAUAUCAUCCAACUGGCGCAGCAUCUUGUCGAUACGCAUCUGGUGGAGGUGGUGGUUGGCGCAUUCCUCCUGCUCAUCGUCGGCAUUGUCUACUUCCUCACGCGCCCCACCCCCGUGUACCUCCUCGACUUCAACUGCUACCGGCCCCCCGACUCGUUCACCGUCACCAUCCGCAACGCGCUCACCAUCGCGCGCUCCUGCGGCUUCCUCGACGAAACCGCGCUCGCGUUCCAAACCAAGGUGUUCGACCGAUCCGGGCUCGGCGACCGAACCUGCCUGCCGGCAUGCCUCCUCACCAUUCCGCCGACGCCGAGCCUGGCGGAGGCUCGGAAGGAAUUCCAGAUCGUGAUCUUCGACAUUCUGGAAGACCUCUUUGCCAAGACCAAGGUGAACCCCAAGGACGUGGGCGUGCUGGUGGUGAAUUGCAGCCUCUUCUGCCCGACGCCGUCGCUCGCCUCCAUGAUCGUGAACAAGUUCAAGUUCCGUACCGACAUUCAGUCGUUCAACCUGGGCGGCAUGGGAUGCAGCGCGGGUCUCAUCGCCAUCAAGCUCGCGCGCGACCAGCUCCAGGUGCAAAAGAACACUUACGCAGUUGUCGUGUCGACGGAGAACAUCACGCAGAAUCUUUAUCUCGGGCAGCGCAAAUCCAUGAUGGUGGCUAACUGCCUCUUCCGCAUGGGCGGCGCCGUGAUGCUGCUGACCAAUAAGCCCUCGGAGCGCCGGCGCGCCAAGUACCAGCUGCAGCACGUGGUGCGCACGCACCUGGGAGCGGACGACGCGGCGUACCGGUGCGUGUACCAGGAGGAGGACGACGGGGGGAUCGUGGGCGUGUCGCUGUCGCGCGAUCUGAUGAACACCGCCAGCACCGGGCUCAAGACCAACAUCACGACGCUCGGACCGCGCGUGCUGCCGCUGUCGGAGCAGCUGCUGUUCCUCGGGAACCUAAUCGCGCGCAAGGUGCUGCGGAUGAAGAUCAAGCCGUACCUGCCGGAUCUCAAGCUCGCGUUCGAGCACUUCUGCAUCCACGCGGGCGGCCGCGCCGUGCUGGACGAACUCGAGAAGGGCCUCGGGCUCACGCCGUACUUGGUGGAGGCGUCGCGCAUGGCGCUGUACCGCUUCGGAAACACGUCAUCGUCGACGCUCUGGUACGAGCUGUCGUACCUCGAGGCGCAGGGGCGCAUCCGGCGCGGCGACCGCGUGUGGCAGGUCGGGUUCGGGUCCGGGUUUAAGUGCCAGAGCGCGGUUUGGAAGGCGCUGCGUACGCUCGACCCGGCGAAGAACCAGGGCCCAUGGUGGGAGGAGGAAACGUCUACCGACGCCGCGCCGGCGCGCACUAAGUCGUCCUACGUGCCUGUUGAGGAGAUGAAGGUGGAAAAGGUAGAUUUGAGCCGCAUCCAUCCCAGCCAGGUUGCGGCCGUGAACGCAACUGCUGCUGCUGCUGCCGCUGCUGCUGCCGCCGCUGCAGCUGCUGCUGCUGCUUCUGAUGCUCCUGCUGAUUCCGCACCUGCUGCUCCGGCUCCGGCAACGGUCACCGCAUAA